AGGAUUCAUCGGUCCUCACUACCUAGACUUCGCCUGGACAAUUAAGUGUUUCCUUUUCCGGUCCAGUGUUAGCGGAGUAACUCCCAAGAAUAGUUUUAGGGAAAACAAGAUGAAAGAAAGGCCAUUUUCAGUGGCUCUUUUCUUUGGGGUUAUUUGGAUUGUUUUACCCUGUCUUGGUAAUUUUGUUGAGCUUCCAGCGUGGGAUAAUCUGAACAUUGGACUAUGUGGAUUGGCAUUAAUUCUAUGUAUUUGUGUCUACCUCACGGAAUACCUCGGAUUAUUUCCCCUUAACUACAGGUGAGUUAAUUUGAGUUUGAUUAAUAUAAUAAAUAGCUUAUUUUUUAGAAACCAAUUACUAAGUACCUCUUUGAGGUGUUUAACACCUCGUAUAAAAUUAUACUUGACUGUUAUUAAGAUAGCAGUUAAGUAUAAUUUUAUGCAUCCAUCAGUUUAGAGAUUAAACACACUUUCCCCUCCCCCCCCUGGCUACCCCUCAGACAUUUGAACUUUUGGAGAAUGAGAUUGGUUCGUUUACAUUUCUGCCACCAAUGGGCCAAAACUGUGUAUAAAUGCCUUACCCAAAUGCCGGAUUUGAUGGUCAAUUCUUUUGUAAAGGCAAGAUCAGCAACUAUGACUUUCUUAACUUCUUAACGACCUUUUCUUCUAAGCUGUCUGAAGUUCGAAGUUUAUUAAUUCAUAAUUGCAUAGCAGCUUGAAAACUGAAUUGUGUAUUGACACCAAAAAUUAUAUUGUAAAAAUCUAAUCAUCAACUAAUCUAUCUUAAAUAAAAGGAUGAAAAAAAAGCUAACGAGAGAUAAGCUGCUAAAAAAGCUAUCAUAAUACAAGCUGCAAAAUUUGAAAAUCCUAAAGUAUAAAUUAGUUGCUUUGAGACAUAAAAAGAUAAUAAAGGUAUUUUUAAACCAGUCAGUUUUAAAACGUGGCAUCUUCAAAGGGUGCACAUGUCUUAAUGAAUAGGCAGUUUCAUGUGGUGCAGGUAAUAAGUUAUAAAGGCGGUGAUUAUUGUCUGCUCCCAAAAGUGAACUCUUUACCUUUAAAUACCUCUAUAUUUAAAGAUAAAACAUGUGUAUACCAAUGGAAAGACUAGACAGUUCCAGUUCAUAUUUCCCACCCCACCCAGGCAAGGUUAAAAAAAAGAAAGUCUCUUGUUUAUGGAUGAUAGUCAAAUGCCUGUGGGUUGCCCUGGAGACGGGGCAAGCUUAAAAUUGGUAGGCCCAUAAGUUUCAAAAUUCUGCCCCUUGUUGUGGACUUCUUGAAACAUAUGAGCUACACCCCUGUCCCGCUUUCAUUGAUUUCCACAAAAUGAGUAAAUUGUCAAUUGCUCAGAAGACAGUAGAUUUCUCAGGAGCUUGCGAGACUAAUGAAAUGAUCUUCCAUUUUCUUAAGCAAAUUUUCCUCGCAUGGAGAAAUAAAUUCACAACUUGGUUGGUCCAUCUGCUAUGGUGCACCUCUUGUGUUGUAUGCCAUAUUGUGGUAUUUGUCUGGAAUGCCUCAGACAAUCUUCCAACUUGUAUCUCUGGUAACUUACCUGGGUCACUUCUUGAAAAGAAUCAUUGAAGCCCUUUUUAUCCACAAGUAUUCCAAGAACAUGCUUCUUCUUCCAGUUAUAGAGGUACAGUAAUUGUUAUGACUUUUUGGUCUGAAUUCUAAUUUCUUUAAACAUGUAACACAUUAUUUUCACGAAUAACAUACCCACAACAUUCAAUGAUGAUCUAUGAACACUUGAAUGUUCCCUAUGAUAAAUGUCCUUAAUCAGCAAUCCAUUAACCUUUCUGUUUGCCCUUCAUGCUUUGAAACUAGAUAGUUCUAGUUUUCAUAUAGUUCAGAUUUUCCAUGCUUUAUGAAUGGGUAAGUGUAGUUGGAUUUGGCUUCAACUUGUCAGUGACCAGAAAGAGCACAAACAUCAAAACAUAAAAUUUUCCAUUGGUAUUUAAUUCAGUUUAAGUGACUGUCUCUUGUUUUACCAGAUUGCCAUGUUCUACUGUCUUGGUGCAGUCACCCAGCACUACUGGUGUAAUAUUUACACUCACGGACCUUUAGCUGAUAAGUUAUCAUCUAACUAUGUGGCAUUAGUGGUUGGCAUACCAGUGUUUGUCAUUGGUGAAUCCUUAAAUUUCUAUCAUCAUCAUAUUUUGGCAAAUCUGAGGCCUGCCGGUACAUUAACUGGUUAUGUUGUUCCACAUGCAGGAUUGUUCCAUUAUCUUGUGUGUCCUCAUUAUCUUGGGUUAGUGUCAUGUUUAUUAUCUGUAAAUACCUAGACAUGAUGUUGCACCUGAUAAGAAAACUCUCUUGGAAAGCAGACCUGGAUCCACCCAGUGCAACAUUAGACCUUGCAGCCUUCACUUUUCAGUUUUCUUGGGUUCAUCUUAUGAAGGGGUGGUAAGCAGUCCUUCUAUAGGCAACCCCAUGUUAGUAGGAAGUAGGAGUAAGUUCACUGACUCAUAACACUCUGAAAUUUCUGCCCCUUGAUAAUUGUUGUAAACACAAUGGUGCAGUAUGACUACACUCUAUCUUAUAAUUUCAAUGUGUGGCCAUCUUUCCCAAGAUAAUACCAUUCACUGUCCAAAACCGAAACAUAAAACAUAACAAUAAUGAUUGACACUGCCAAACCAAAACCUCAGAUAUUAAUUAAAGACAUUUUACAUUACAACUAGAGGAAAGAAGGAGUACAAUCAUGGUCAAUACAUUUUGAGAAAAUUGAACUACCUUUACAAUCACUUAUUUUUUCCUUUAGAGAGUUGAUUGCUUGGUAUGGCAUGGCUGUAGCUGGUCAACAUCUGGGUGUGUACUUAGCUUGGUUAGUUAUGGUGUGUUACUUGUCUGGAAGGAGCCAUCAAACACAUCUUUGGUAUCUAAAGAAAAUUGAAAACUUUCCCAAGGACAGGAGAAACAUAUUUCCUGGAAUCUUCUAACCAUGGAAUUGUCAUGUGUUUAUUUUUUCACUUUUUUAUUUAAAUAGUAUUGAUUUAUUUCAAAGUAUUGAUUAGAUGAGAGCUAAUGCAUUUGAAGUGUUAGGAUUAGUUUAGGGAACCUGUGGAGAUUGUAAGGAUACUGAAGCUGUGAAAACUUUAUUCUGUAGUCUUGUCAGACAGCAUUUAUAAAAUGCAUGUGAAAUCAGGAGUCCUUACUCUAAGAAUAACUAAGAUAUAUUGGGGGCCCUCAAGUAAAGGCCAACUAGUUGGAUAUUUAAAAGUGAUCCUACAUAUGGGAGUAGGUUUUUCAAGUUAGUGGUAAUUUAAAUAAUUCUUAGUUUUUUAUCAAAUUGUUUACAUAUUAGUCAAUAAAGUUAACGACAAUCUGUAAGAAAAAAAAAAAAGUGUUUGCUUCAAGGCUUUUAUGGUGUUUCCCAAUACUUUAUUUCUAUGUCAACAGAAUGUUUUCUAGAGUCCUCUUCUGUACAAUGGUAAGG